AUGGCCGACAUCGAGAUCGCCUUGGCCCACCUUGACGAGGCGAAGAAGAUCCCCCGCCGAGAGGAGUGCGUCCGCCAGAUCCGCGAAGCUUACGCGGAGAGGUAUCUAACGUCGAUUGGGGUGGACACCAACGCUCGAUGCCGAUCCUUGCAGCGGGAAGUGCUUCGACGUGCUCCCCUGAGCGAAUGUCAGAUCGAGGGCGCCUGGAAUAACCGGGGCUCUGCCGUCAUCGACCGACUCCGCAUCCGCCAGCCGCGGCUGGGCGAGGAGGACGUGGAGAACGAGGAGGAGGAGCAUGCCGAGCUGGAGGAAGCCGAGGGCCAAAUUUCGCACAGCCGGGUCGGUCACACAGGUUACAUCAAGCCACUGCUCGGAUGGGUGAAUCCGUAUCAGAUCAAUGCGCCGGGACCCAGGACCACGCGCGAGCUUCCCUUCCUUGGCGGAGGUACUUGCGCCUGGCUGCCCACCAGUGAGACCGACAUUGACUUGACGCACGAGCUGGAGCGAGUCCGCAUGCAGGCUCGUCGUCGCGGCGUCGCACCCGGCAGCACUGUGGAUGGCCAGGCGAAGACCUCCUCACUGCUGCUCGGCUCUCUAACGGAGAAGCGGCUUCAAGAGCUGAAGCGCAAGUUCCUUCUGCCUUUUGCCAGCCAGCGACUUGUGAAUGGCAAGCUGGUGGUCGUCCCCUGGCUGCCGCGAGCACCCAAACCGCUGCAGGUGCCGGACAACCAACUACGCCAGGCCCGGGCUCCAGUGAAUGCAUCCGUGGAGGACAUCAAAAAGGCCACCGUUCGCCUGGUGAAGGGACAGCACCAAAGCGUUCCAGCAGUCUUUGGAGAUGUUUGUGAAGUUGCCACAGGGUCAGCUUUUGAUUUCCGUUCGGGUCAGUCCGUGACAGUCCCUCGCUGUGACAUUCUGGUGGCUGGAUACUCAUGCAAGGAUAUAUCUGUCCUGAACAAUGACCCAGCUACCGUCGAUGAUGUGACACGAGGGACAGGUCAGACAUUGCAAGCAGCUCUGUCAUACAUCAGUUGCAAUGAGCCCACCAUUGUCAUCCUGGAGAAUGUCCAGACUAUGUAUCAAGUCCGCUCUGUGGAUAAGGGUCAGAAGCCGGUCACGUACCUCGUGACGCAGAUGAAGCGCAGAGGCUACGUCGGCCCAGACUCUCAACUGUUGCUGAACAGUUUGCAGUUUGGUCUGCCGCAGUCACGGCCACGUGCGUGGAUGGUGUUUUUCCAUGCCGAGCAGCUGAAUGGGGCGCAGACGCUGGCACAACUUGUUCCUGACCGAAUUUUCGCGCCUCAGCAUCGACCGUGGCCCUUGCAGAUGCUUCUCGCCGAGGAUGCGGACCUGCCUGAAGGUCGUCACUCUCGGCCUAUGACGUUGCAGGAUUUGCGAGCUCCUUUGCGCAAAGCCUCAGACUCGGGCAAGAAAUGGGUCGGUCAUCUUACUUCCUUCAUGGAAGAAGCGGAAAUCUCGGAGCAGCAGCUCCUUGAACAAGUUAACCACCUGCAAAGGUGGUCAGUCGCCGCGAUGCCUGCAUCUCUCCAGCAAAGCUGUGACCAGCUAGUAGUUGGCUAG